AUGCCCUCAACUACCCUGAAUUGGACUGCCACGUCUCCCAAGUCUCCCCGGAUUGCUGCCGAACGUUCCCUACGGCAAGUCCUGGUUCUGCUACUCACUUGGGCCACUACAGAAGCUGGCAUACUGGUCUGGAAAUCUUUGAAACUUAAUGCUCACUCUGUGGUCGAAUACCUCGUCGCACAGAACAAUAGGAGGGAACUGAUGUUCGACCUCGAUCGGACCUAUUAUUCAUUGUGGAUAAAAAGCCCAGCUUUUACCAGAUUCGCCCCCGGAUCACGAGCAUUCGCGACCUUUUUUGCCCCCCAAAGCCACAAACCGACCUCUAACGAACUUCACCACCAUAAUUAA